GAGAAAAAAGAGCAAAAGGAAGAGCAAAGAAAAGUGAAAGAAAGAAGAAGAAGCAAAAGGAGAAGCGAAAGAAAGAGCGAAAGAGCAAAAGGAAGACCAAAAAAGAGCAAAAAAAGAGGAAAAGAGCAAAAAAAAAGAGCAAAAGGAAGAGUGAAAAAAGAGCAAAAGAAAGAGCAAAAGGAAGAGAAGAGGAAAGGAAAAGCGAAAGAGCAAAAGAGCAAAGGAAGAGCAAAAAAAGAGCAAAGGGGCAAAAGGAAGAGUGAAAGAAAGAGCAAAAGGAAGAGCAAAAGGAAAACCUUCGCAAGAGAGACUGCCCUCGCAAGAGAGAUUGUCCUCACAGAGACCCACAGAAAGAGUAAGAGCGAGAAGGAGCGAGAGAUGGAAAGAGAUAUGGCCCGUUUCCACUGA